AUGGAUCCCGCCAGGGUGAAUUCUCCAAGCACCUGUACAGUAACCCUUGAGGUUCUGGGGCACAAAUUAAGUUUUGCUCAGGAUCCAAACUCUAAGCAUCAUGGAACAACCGUGUGGGACGCGUCCAUGGUGUUUGCCAAAUAUCUGGGGAAAAAUUGCAGGAAGGGAAGGUUUAGUCCGUCUAAACUGAAAGGGAAACGUGCUAUUGAGCUUGGAGCGGGUUGUGGAGUAGCUGGAUUUGCUAUGGCAAUGCUGGGCUGUGAUGUGGUUUCAACUGACCAAAAAGAGGUUUUGCCACUGUUAAAAAGGAACGUAGAAUGGAAUACGUCAACAAUCUUGCAGAUGAAUCCUGGGUCAGCAUCAUUUGGAUCGCUCCGAGUUGCUGAACUUUACUGGGAAAAUGAAGAUCAUAUAAGGGCGGUUGAGCCGCCUUUUGAUUAUGUCAUCGGUACUGAUGUUGUAUACUCUGAGCAGCUUCUGGAGCCUCUGUUGCACACCAUACUUGCGCUAUCAGGGCCAAAGACAACAGUUAUGUUGGGAUAUGAGAUACGUUCGACGAUCGUUCAUGACAAAAUGCUUCAAAUGUGGAAAGACAACUUCGAAGUCAAAACCAUACCUAGAUCCAAGAUGGAUGGUGAAUACCAAGACCCGAGCAUUCAUCUGUACCUCAUGUCACAGAAAUCUUCUGCCGAGAGCUCUGGAAACGCGAUCCAAGAUGAAGCUGCUGUUGCUGACACGACUGAAACAAAGUGUGAGAAGGAAGUCUCAACCGUAGAAUGCCAUGAUUUACCAAAUCUGUUGGAAGAGGAAGACGUUGCUACACACCGUCCUAAACUUAGAGAUGAUAGCUUGUUGAUGAGAUUAAAGGACGGGAAGAUGAGUGAAUGGGAGAUGAGAAGGUAUGGUAAAGUUGCUGCACAGCUUCUACGUGACGUUAAGAUAGAUGUUCAGGUGAAAAAAUGA